CGUGUCACGAAAUAAAAAGAGGCGCGCAUCGCGUCACGACAAAAAUAUCAUCAUCAUCAUCAUAAUCGCCCCACUCUCCUCCUCCCCUUCUUCAUCCAUCCAUGCUCCUCCUCUUCGUCUCAAGCCCCCAACCCUGCAAACCCUAACCCUAGGUUCCAACUCCGAUGACCUGAGAUCAAACCCCUAGAAGGCGGCGACGAUGACCUCUUCCUUCUUCGAGAUCCGCCUCUUCUACGUCCGCAUCUCCCCCUGCUCCAUCGACACCGUCCCCUCCUUCCUAACCCUCUCUCAUCUCCGCCGUCCCGUCGGCGUCUCCCUCGAGAUAAACGGCUCCAGGAUCCCGUCCUCCCAUUCCACCUCCCUCCUUCUCCGCAGAGAUCGGAUCGAUCGCGAGUCGUCAGAGGUGACCUACGUCAGCACCGACAGGACCAAGCUCUCCGGCGCCGUCGAUUUCGAGGUAGGAGACGAUAAAAACUUAAUCCCUUGCGGAUCGUUGGGGAAGGUGGCGGCGUGGAGCAAUGGGACUAUUGGAUCGGCUGGGGACAAGACCCGAGAACGGCGAUGGAGUAUGGAUUGUCAUAUGGCGGCUUCAAUUAGCGGGUCGGUUUCGUCGCAGCCAAAUUUUGGGAUUGUGAAUCCGUUAGUGGAGGUUUAUGUGGCCGGGUGUUUUGGUGGGGUUCCCUUGAUAUUGACUCAGACGGUGAUGGUUAGUCCGAGGAGGAAGGCGAGGCCUGGGCUUUUGGAUUCGAUACCGGAGGAGCGUGGCGACAGGGAGAACGGGAGAAGUGAUGGAUUGGUUUGUCAGCGGACGAUGGCAUCAUUGCUCACAGAAGGGAGUUCUGAUGAUGGGUACGAUUCCAACGCCAAAGCUACACCAACUUAUUACCCUGGAGGUUGGUACAUGGAUGAAGAUGGCCAGCUCUCAUGGUUCAAUGCUGGAGUGAGAGUUGGGGUUGGGAUAGGGUUGGGAAUGUGUGUUGGGGUAGGGAUCGGUGUUGGGCUUCUCAUGCGCUCAUAUCAAGCAACCACCAGAAGUUUCAAAAGGCGAUUUUUCUAAAUUAUCUCAAAUGCUAUGCUGCAUAUUCCUCCAAGAAAUUGCUUGAAAAGAGUUCAUCAUCCAUCAAGAAGCUAUGCUAGCCGGAAAAUAUCCUGUAGAGGGAUUCUCUAUAGAAAAUAUUGUAGGGAGGAAUGGGAUGUUGAUACAUCUCUGAGAAAAUCCAGGAGCAACAUGUGUGCCGGCAAAAAAAAGAAAAGAAAAGUUAUUAGCUACCAUCUCUAAAAUUCAUGCUGUGAAAUAGGUGUCAAGAUCCCCAGCCUCUCUAUAUUUGAUUUUCUAUGGAGGGCCCUCUAUAGGUUCUCCCCUUUCUGCCUGCCACGUAAGCUCAAGCUUUGGCGGCCCUUCACUGUAUAAACCACCUGAGACCAUAAGUACCUGGCUCUGAGCAGCUUGUUCUCCAUCUCAUUUGUUUGUGAAGGGCUCUCAUAAACGUGUGACGAGUGACAUAGAGAGGUAUCGCAUGAAGUACAAGGGUAGUUAUCUAACCAGCUGGACCAAGGGAUUGCAUUGUGUGCUGCAAGCAUCUUCACACCCUUGUAAAAUCAGUGGAGAUGGGAGUCUCCAUCUUCCUCUUCACUUCUGUUCUUUUAUUUGUUUGCAAGCUCACGGUUGCUAUGUAAAAUUUCUUGGUUACAUCUGAUGCAAUAAUGUUUAUAAGUCUUUUGGCCAGUAAUAGAAAAUAAGUUGUUAAGUGUUGCUGUUUCAGGGUCAAGUUUUCUGUUUGAGAUAUUUUAUUUACGAUCGGAACCGUCUGCGGGCGUGAGUUCACAUUUCAUGAAUUCAGUUAUUUUGACGUCGA